AUGGCUCAUUCCUUCCCGCAGCACGUGGGCUGUGAUCGCGUCCUGGGCUCCGACUCCAAGGAGGACAAGUGCCGCGUGUGCGGGGGGGACGGCAGCUCCUGCGAGACCAUCGAGGGCAUCUUCAACCAGUCCCUGCCCGAGGGAGCGCUGCGAGGCGAGAGUGGUGAAUAUUUCAUCAACGGGAAGCUCUCCAUCGAUCCCCCCCGGCGCUUCGACAUCGCCGGCACCACCUUCCACUACAGGAGAUCCCCCGAGGAGCCCGAGUCGCUGGAGGCUUUGGGACCCACCAAUGUCACCCUCUUUGUCAUGCCUCCUGCUCCCUUUCCCUCUCCCCUUUCCCCGGCAGGCAGCCAGGUGCAGUCCGUGGUGUGCAAGAAGCUCUCAGACGGCUCCACCGUGCCCGGACACUUCUGCRGCGCCGACCCCAAAGCACCCGAGCGGCAGAGACCCUGCAACACCGAGCCCUGUCCCCCAGCCUGGGUCAUCGGGAACUGGUCCGAGUGCAGCCGGAGCUGCAAUGAGGGCGUCCGGACCCGCAGUGUCUUCUGCAAGAGGAAAAUCUCAGCCAGCGAGGAGAAGACCCUGGAUGAUGCGUCCUGCAGCCAGCCACGGCCAAAGAUGCUGGAGCCUUGCAACAACCAAACGUGUCCUCCAGAGUGGGUGGCCCUGGACUGGUCAGAGGCGAGUGCCAGGGGAGGGACACGGAGCUGGGGAAGGGUCUGGCCCCCAGAUUCAGUCAGGCCAUGGGAGGGAAGGGAAGGGACAGCCACCUCCAGCCCCUUUGCACCCCUACCCCCACCCGUGCCUGGUGGCCACGGCAGCUCCCCCGUGCUGUCCCCGCAGUGCUCCACCCAGUGUGGCCUCGGCCAGCAGAGAAGAUCCGUCCAGUGCCUGGCUCACACCGGGCAGCCGUCCAUGGAGUGCGUGGAGAGCCUGCAGCCCCCCGGCAUGCAGCAGUGCGAGAGCAAGUGCGAGUCGGGACCCACGGACAACCCCGAAGAGUGCAAGGAUGUGAACAAGGUGGCCUACUGCCCGCUCGUGCUCAAGUUCAAGUUCUGCAGCCGGACCUACUUCCGACAGAUGUGCUGUAAAACCUGCCAGGGGCACUAGGACCCAGCGGGACCCAGAGGGACCCAGCGGGACCCAGCGGGACCCAGCGGGACCCAGAGGGAUCCCCGUGGCAAAACUGGAAGGCCAAAGCUCCGCCGGAGGGCCACCGAGCCGUGCCCUCCCUGUCCGCCCUGGGAAUCGCCCCCGGCUCCCACGCAGACUCCGGCGUCACCCAAAACCCGUCCCCAAAACCCCCCCCGUGGCCCCCGAGCUCCACAGCGGCGCGUUCCCGGUUCAACCAGUGCAGGAUGGGCGCUGGGAGAGGGGGAAGCUGGGCAGAGCGGRGACUUUACUUGAAAUUCUGCUGUUGUUAUUUAUUGGUGGCGGACCCAGCCCUCCAGGAGCCACCCGGGGAGCGCCGYUCGCCCCGCUCCGUGUCCCCAGGGCAUCCUCACCGCGGGGUUUGGGCACUCCGAGGGUCGCUGCCCUUCUCCCGGGAUCCCAGGGGGCACAGGGAGGAGGGUCCCGGUGGCCAGCGGGGCUUUGGCUCGUGGGUGACGGAUGAAGAGGAGCCGCUGUGGGUUGGAGCAGGGGUUGUGUCCCCUCGGUUUGGACCGUGUCACCUCGGCACUGGCACGGGGGACAGGCCGGGGUCUCCCCGUGAGCAGAGCGGUGACACCAGUUUAACUGGGACAGGGGGUGACCCCAGCUCCCCUGGUGAUCUACUAGGAUCGGGGCGCUCCCCUGUUUGUCCUUAAAGCCCUUGUCACUUUUAGGACCGGUUUUUACCCCUCAAAACCCGAGCUGAGGCGGGGUCGGGGGCGAGCUCGGGGCUGCGGUCAUUUCCCGAGGCCGUGCCAGGCUCAGGGAGGGUGCAGGACAAGAAGUGCCCUGUCCCCAUGUCCCCACGGCCUGGCACAGCUGCCCCCUGCCCCGAGAGCGCCCCAGCCGCCCCAAAAGGUGCUCCACUUCCAAAGGUGCUUUGCCUCCAAAAGGUGCUUUG